CCAAUACUGUCAUACAGUCAAGUUCAGGUGGUCUUGUCGGUAGGUUCCAGCGAAAACGAGUGGGAUUACCAUCAUGCCUUGCUUGACCACCGAUUCGUAGGAUAAACUCACUUGGAGACUCCACACCGGUGCUGCCUGAAUCACCUGCUGGGAUGAACACCUGUGACUAGUGGAUAAUUUCAUGUGUCCCUUUUAUUUUUUGUGUCCUGUGCGGAAUUGAGUCUGGAAUAAAUCCUGGACACCUCAACACUUCGGUGGUGCUAUCGUGAUACCUCUGGUGGAUUUCUACUGACUUUUGGGAUUUACAUCCACUGACAAAGACUUGGACUUGGGAUCUCAAUUAUGGUACCAUUACGUGAUGAUGUUCUCGUCAACGCGAGACCCAGAGGACCUUCUUCGACGGUUUGGAUUUAUUUACUUGCUGAGUUUCUCCUGGCCGCAGUCUUUUCAGCUUCAUUAUCACUCCUAGGAAUUAUCAAGACUAUUCUGCCUAAACCUCCAAGGGAUAUCACCGGAGAUAUUGUUUUGAUAACAGGUGUAACGUCGUCUCUCGGUAAAUGUCUUGCUGAAGCGUUUGCUAAAGUUGGUUGUACGAUAGUAUGUGUAGACAGUGACCUCGAGUCUGUGAGAAAAACAGCGAGUGAACUUGAAUGCCAGUACCCAGUGAUCGAGGGUGUUGGGCCAGGCCACAGGAAACAGGAUGCCACUGAUGAUCGGUGUAAAAGGGUAUGGGCAUACGAGUGCGAUCUGAAAAAUAGAAAUGCGAUAAGACAAUUUGCUGGUCGAGUUAAGAAUGAAAUAGGCAGAGUCGAUGCACUCGUAACGUGCGUUGGUAAUAGUGGACAGGACAUAUUUGAUACUGUCAGCACAACCUUGAUGAGUCAUUACUGGACUCUGAUGGCCUUCAUCCCUUUUAUGCUGCAUCAGCGGAGAGCUCAUGUUGUUGGUGUUACACCGACUACUUCUACUCAGGAUGCUUACAGGGGCACUCGUGCUGCUAUUGCAGGACUGAUGGAGAGUCUAGGUCAGGAGUUUAGCAGUCGAGGUGGUCAGAUUAAUCUCAUCACAGUCGCACCGAAGGCAGAUCCAAGAUUGUUCUCUCAAAGUGAAGAACAAGUUGCCGAAGAUGUGGUGCAGGCAGUGCGGAGGGAUCAAUGUUGUUUAUCCGGAAGUUGGUGGUCCACAGUUUUGUACCGAAUCAGUUGCACAAUUCACAGGGCCAUCACGCAUAUCACGCGAUGGCUGUACACGCAAGGAUGUGACGAUCCCUUUUAAAGUCAUUUUCUAUUGUUAUUCCAUCGAAUUGUAAAUCUCAUACUCAUUGUCAUAUUGAAAAAAUUUAUAUCAUAGAAGAUUUAUAUCAUUGGUUUUGUACAAAUAAAACGACAAAGGAAGACCGUAAAAACCUGUGAA